AGGGAGGAAUUGACGUUAAAGGAGCUAACGGUCCAGAAGAUGGCAACAGCUGCCGUAAAAGUGACGAAGAAGAAGAAGGAGGAGGGCAAUCCACUGUAGUGAAAUGUUUACAACCGUCCACAACUAAGAAGACUUGACUUCGGUGUAAUGCGUGCUCCUCUGCGGUGGGUGCUAUGGGAUGUGAAAGACACCCUGCUGAAGGUGCGUGCAUCUGUAGGAGAGCAGUACUGCAAGGAGGCUGAACGACAGGGUUUGAGCCUCAGUCCGGAGGAGGUUGAAGCUGCUUUUCGCCAGGCAUAUCGACACUAUUCCAGCAGAUACCCAAACUACGGCAUCGGUCAGGGCCUGGAUGGACAGUCUUGGUGGAUUGGGGUGGUGCGGAACACCUUCUCCCAGUGCAGGGUCCAGGACCCAGCCCUGCUAAAUGCAAUGGCUCACAACCUUUAUCAUAACUUCUGCAAUGCAGAGAACUGGGAGGUAUUUCCAGACUCAAAGAAGGCUCUGGAGAGUUGUUCUUCUCUAGGACUGAAGCAAGGUGUGGUAUCUAACUUUGAUAGCCGCCUAGAAGCGAUCUUAGAUGUUUGUGGGCUGCUGUCUCACUUCAGCUUUCUGAUAACAUCAGAGAAAGCAGGUGUAGCCAAGCCCAACACAGCCAUCUUUGAUCAGGCACUGCAGAAGUGUGGUGUACCAGCUGCUAAUGUAGCUCAUAUCGGGGACCACUAUGUGAAGGAUUAUCUCACUUCACGAUCUGUGGGUAUCCACGGGUUCCUUUUAGACAGAAAAAACAAGCAUAACCAACGUGACAUUCCCCAGGAGCAUCGGCUCAGCUCCCUGGAAGAGUUACCAUCACGGCUCCAGCAGCACAUGGAGUAAUGCCAAACAGUCAUGGGCUCAAGUCUAAAGCUACUCAGUCUACCUGUGGGUCAUGUAAGGAACUCACCGUUGGGACGUUGCCACGUUCACCUGAGUGGGCUCAACCACUUCUCUCUUCACAUGUUUAACAGAUCGAAUGCAAUUAUAUAAAUAAUAAUAAUAUAAGUUGUAAUAUAUAAACUUUGUACAUUUUGUAAAAUCAUGCAAGUUUACUGUAAUUAGAGCAAUAAAUGUCUGA